UCAAUCUCUGGAAAUCCGACAGCUCCAUUCUGAAGUGUUGCAAUAAGUGAAAGUGAUUUUGUCCCGCAGUCGCUCGUCUCUCCUCCCCUCCAGAAAAGGAUGGAACAGCAAAGUGGAGGCCUUGCGUGUGUCGGUGGGCGCUGGCAGAGUAAGCACAUUUGGCAUUUUUAAAGCAAUAGCUUGACAAAUAAACAGGGGGUCCACUUCUUAAGUUUGGCGAGAGUCCGCCCAGGUAGUUGAAACCGCUUUUAUCAGGAGGAAUCUCUUCUUCCUUUUGUCACCACUGACAUUCCUCCUACCCCUAGCUGCUCAACGGGAGGGUCUCAAAGAUUAUAUCUGCCCAGACCAGAUCCCCUUUCUUCACUCACCGCCGCCUCCUACCCCUACGCCCAGCAAACCCUGUCAUCCCGCCCUUUCUCCACCUCCAGCACUGACAAUGGGUACAAACAAGUCCUCGCACAACCUAAUAGAGAGGAGCUUCAUUGGUUAGAUACAAAUCCCGGCGGAAGAGAGGAGGACCAGGAGAGAGAAGAGGAAGCCCAGCUCCGCUGUGGGCGGAGAUACAUUGGGGUGAGGGCUUGCAGACCUGGAGAGGGGCGAAGGACCUAGGUCCCCGUCCCCAGAGUUACAGGUUGGAACAAACUUGCCUGGCUUUGCGUCGCUGACGCGUCCAAGUUAACCUCUGUACCUUGAUGUGCCGGCACCAGAGGGCGAGGAGCGGUAUACAUAGCUCUACAUACACAUGGAACGCUGAGCUAGGAAAGGAGGGGGCGAGGAAAGGCAGGUUCCGCCUCCCCUGGCCCGCGUGCACACACACGCCCACCGCGGCUCGGGCUGGCGGAGCGCGGGCGAGUGUGAGCGCGGGCGAGUGUGAGCGCGAGUGUGCGCACGCCGCAGGAGCCACUCUGCCCUCUCCUCGCACCCUGCUCAGGGCAUCUUGAGAGCCUGGAAACGUGAACAGGCUUAAAGUAUGGCAUGUUGCAAAGAUGGUUUCUGCCAAGAAGGUACCCGCGAUCGCGCUGUGCUCCGGGUUCAGUUUCGCCCUCCUGCACUUCCUGUGCCAGGCUGUUUGUUUAAACGAAUCCCCAGGACAGAACCAAAAGGAGGAGAAAUUGUGCCCGGAAAAUUUUACCCGCAUCCUGGACAGUUUGCUCGAUGGUUAUGACAACAGGCUGCGUCCUGGAUUUGGGGGUCCUGUUACGGAAGUGAAAACUGACAUAUAUGUCACCAGCUUUGGACCUGUAUCUGAUGUUGAAAUGGAAUACACCAUGGAUGUGUUCUUCAGGCAGACGUGGAUUGACAAAAGGCUAAAGUAUGAUGGCCCCAUUGAAAUUCUGAGGUUGAACAAUAUGAUGGUAACAAAAGUAUGGACCCCUGAUACUUUCUUCAGGAAUGGAAAGAAAUCUGUCUCACAUAAUAUGACAGCUCCAAAUAAGCUUUUUAGAAUUAUGAGAAAUGGCACUAUUUUAUAUACAAUGAGACUCACCAUAAGUGCGGAGUGCCCCAUGAGAUUGGUGGAUUUUCCCAUGGAUGGUCAUGCUUGCCCUCUAAAAUUCGGGAGUUAUGCAUAUCCGAAGAGUGAGAUGAUUUACACAUGGACAAAAGGUCCAGAGAAAUCAGUGGAAGUGCCAAAGGAGUCUUCCAGCUUAGUUCAGUAUGAUCUGAUUGGGCAAACUGUAUCAAGUGAGACUAUCAAAUCCAUUACAGGUGAAUACAUUGUCAUGACAGUUUAUUUCCACCUAAGACGGAAGAUGGGAUAUUUUAUGAUUCAGACUUAUAUUCCAUGCAUUAUGACAGUGAUUCUUUCUCAAGUUUCUUUCUGGAUAAAUAAGGAAUCAGUUCCAGCGAGGACUGUAUUUGGAAUAACCACAGUCCUCACUAUGACCACACUAAGCAUCAGUGCAAGGCAUUCUUUGCCCAAAGUGUCCUAUGCUACUGCCAUGGAUUGGUUCAUAGCUGUCUGCUUUGCUUUUGUAUUUUCGGCCCUUAUUGAGUUUGCUGCUGUCAAUUAUUUCACCAAUAUUCAAAUGCAAAAAGCCAAAAAGAAGACAUCCAAACCUCUUGCAGAAAUUCCACCUGCUCCAGUACCGAAAGAAAAGCUUCCUGAAGUACCUCUGCAGAAUACAAAUGCCAGUUUGAACAUGAGGAAAAGAACAAAUGCCUUGGUCCACUCGGAAUCUGAUGUUGGCAACAGAACUGAGGUGGGAAAUCAUCCUAGCAAAUCUUCUCCAGUUGUUCAAGAAUCCUCUGAAGCCACAUCUAAGUCAUACUUAGCUUCCAGUCCAAACCCUUUCAGCCGGGCAAAUGCAGCCGAAACGAUAUCUGCUGCAAGAGCACUUCCAUCUGCUCCUUCUCCUACUCCUGGGGGUGUGUUGAGACAAACAUCAGUUGGAUCUGCUUCUACUCGUCGUGUGUUUGGCUCAAGACUGGAGCGAAUUAAGACCACAGUUAACACCCCAGGGGCUUCUGGGAAGUCAUCAGCCUCUGCUCCUCCUCCUGCUCCUCCACCUGCUGGAUCUGGCACAAGUAAAAUAGACAAAUAUGCCCGUAUUCUCUUUCCAGUCACAUUUGGGGCAUUUAACAUGGUUUAUUGGGUUGUUUACUUAUCUAAGGACACUAUGGAGAAAUCAGAAAGUCUAAUGUAAUUUUGUUGCUAUAGUAGUUUCCUAAAAGAUGAUGAAAAUGCAGACUAUCUUUUUCAAUGUUUUUAAAUAUAAUUAUUCUUUACUAAAAU